AUGGCAAUAACAAGCGAUCUCACUUCAUUACAGGGACAGGCACGCCAUAUACGAUUUACAUCUCAAAUUUCAAGGGGCAGUGAAAAGGGGCUGAAUGCCACGAGUAAUAUGGAAAGGGUAAAACGUCUGAUCAGCCCUGGGACCAAAAGAAAACUAAUUGGAAAUAAUUCUAAUAAAACAUUUGGAGUACCACUAGAAGAUUUAAUGAAGAGAGCUCCACCAGAAUAUAGGGUACCUCUAGUUGUUAAAAAACUCUGUGAUUAUAUUGAUAAAAACGGUCCUUUGGCUUCUUCUCAAGCCUCUCACAAGUUAAAUCCCAAUAAUUUUGUGGCGGGCAGUGAAAAGGGGCUGAAUGCCACGAGUAAUAUGGAAAGGGUAAAACGUCUGAUCAGCCCUGGGACCAAAAGAAAACUAAUUGGAAAUAAUGCUAAUAAAACAUUUGGAGUACCACUAGAAGAUUUAAUGAAGAGAGCUCCACCAGAAUAUAGGGUACCUCUAGUUGUUAAAAAACUCUGUGAUUAUAUUGAUAAAAACGCCCAAACUGGAUUAACAAGAUCAAUGCAAUGUAGAGAUUUAAACUGUUUUAUUUCAUUAGCCCCAUCAGGAUCAGAACAGAAAAAAUCUCCAGUCGGUCGUUUUCCAACUUGUCGACAAUAA